GCAUAUUGUUCGACAGUGUACUGUCAUAUUUACCGAAGAAGUCGUCGUGACUACAUAGACAUCCGAGAGGCAAAGUAAUUGCAACGAGUAGUCAUAGCAACAGGUGCUUGCGUCAAGUCUCUUUCGACAUUGAGGGACAAUGCAGCUGUGUGCGUGUGCAUAUGAGAGGACGAUACUCUGUGCCUAACAAUGAAUUGUCCUCCUCCAUACAAGUUUUCACUGCUGCGUGUUCAACAGGUUGGUCUCGAGGAGAAGGAUGAGUAGAGGAUGCGUCAAAAGUCGGAGCUUGCUCGCGCCACCGGUCGCGUGCCAUAGGGACCGAGUGUGCUUCUGUCAUUUGUCAUCUGCAUUGUUCCAGGAUAUUGUAUCUGACAGCCUUGAAUCAACCAUCUGACAACUGAAGAGAACAGGAAAAUGUACACAAAGCCAAGAAACAGACUAAAGUGGGGGAGGGCCGCUUGUCUUCUGUCUGGUCUUCUGAUGUGUUGUGUGUACCAGCUCUCCCCGUGGCACCUGGAAAAAGAAACGGCAGAUGGAGAGGAGCGUUUCCUCUCCCGGGAGAUGCGGCGAUCCAAUCCCAGGAGGAUAGAUGCGCCACCCCCGCUGUCCACCAACAGGACCAUGGACAUCACCAGGCAGUGCAUCUACGUGGAGCCCCUGCCCAUGCCACCUACCACACCCACUCCCACCGUAACCACCACCCCUGCCCCCACCACACCUUUGGCUCCGCCAGGGGAUGCCCCACACGUGAAGGGCGAGUACCCCGAGGACCUGUUCACAGUGGAAGACAGGCGAAGGGGCUGGGUGAUCCUCCACAUACUGGGCAUGAGCUACAUGUUUGUGGCGCUGGCCAUCGUGUGCGAUGAGUUCUUUGUGCCAGCAUUGGGCGUCAUUACCGACCGGCUCGCGAUCUCGGACGACGUCGCCGGCGCCACCUUCAUGGCUGCGGGCGGCUCAGCACCAGAGCUCUUCACCUCGCUCAUCGGCGUCUUCAUCUCGCACAGCAACGUGGGCAUCGGCACCAUCGUGGGCUCGGCCGUCUUCAACAUCCUCUUCGUGAUCGGCAUGUGCGCGCUGUUCUCGCGCACCCUGCUGCACCUCACCUGGUGGCCGCUCUUCCGGGACGUGUCCUUCUAUAUCCUCAGCCUGCUGCUGCUCAUCGUCUUCUUCCUGGACAGUACGAUCCACUGGUGGGAGAGCGUCCUGCUGCUGCUAGCCUAUGUGGGGUAUGUGACGUUCAUGAAGCACAAUGCGGAGCUGGAGCUGAUGUUCAUGGAGCAGCUCAGGAAGCACCAGAGCAUCGUCACCGCCAUGGGCAUGGAGGAGCCAGAGAAGCAGGAGAGUGAGCCUCCAGUCGAAGAGGUCAAAACUCCCGAGCCACCCCAAAGAGAGAGCCUCACUCUGAAGGUGAAGCCAGCUUUGCAGCGUGGGGGAAGUACUGCAUCACUGCAUAACAGCACUAUGCGAAACACCAUAUACCAGUUGAUGAUACACACCCUACAUCCUCUGGAAGAGGCCAUGUUUGGCCGUGAGUUAAGAGUUCCCUCCAGAAAAGACAGGAGAGUGAUGGCGAUUAAUGGGGAAGUUAGGCCAACAAGUUCAACCAAGGUCAAAGGUGGCCAAAAGACCCAGCAGGGCUCUGUCACCGUGCAGGUGACACCACCACCUGAGCCAUCCACCUCCCAACCACCCAAACAGGAGGGCACGAAAGAGGGAACAGGAGCAGAGAAAGAGAAGGAGGCUGAGGAUGGUGGUUCAGAAGACAGUGAAGACGACAGUGAUGAUGAUGAGGAUGACAGUGAUGAUGAUGAUGACGAUGACGAUGAUGACGAUGAGGAGAAUGAGGAUGAUGAAGAAGAGAAAGAUGAACCCCUCUCGUUAGACUGGCCUGAUACGGAGCGUAAGCAGGCCACCUAUCUCUUCCUGCUGCCCAUAGUCUUUCCCUUGUGGCUGACAAUACCUGACGUACGCCGACCGGCGUCAAGGAAAUACUUUGUUGGGACGUUUGUGGGCUCCAUCAUGUGGAUUGGUGCAUUUUCUUACCUCAUGGUGUGGUGGGCUCAUCAGGUGGGUGAGACCAUUGGCAUCUCGGAAGAGAUUAUGGGACUGACCAUCCUGGCAGCGGGCACCUCCAUCCCUGACCUCAUCACCAGUGUGAUUGUGGCACGCAAGGGCCUGGGGGACAUGGCUGUGUCCAGCUCUGUGGGCUCCAACAUAUUUGAUAUCACAGUGGGGUUGCCCGUGCCGUGGUUGCUGUACUCACUGUCUCACGGUGGCAAGGCGGUACCUGUCAGCAGCAAUGGCCUCUUCUGCGCCAUCGUGCUUCUCUUCCUCAUGCUGCUCUUGGUCAUCAUCUCCAUCACGGCGUGCCGCUGGAAGAUGAGCCAGCGCCUGGGCUUGAGCAUGUUCGUGCUCUACUUCCUCUUCCUGGUCCUGAGUGUUCUCCUCGAGAAGCGCGUCAUCCUCUGUCCUGUCUCCAUCUGACUGGUCUGACCGCACCAGGCGUCUGUCCACAACAUAUGCUAUUGGAAUGGUGGGACGAAACGUCUUAUUGGGCAGCCAUCACAAGAACAGGACAGUGGCACUUACGUACUGAAUCAGCAGUCAAUAAAGCCAUAAAGGAGUGUAAAAUUGUGAGAGCAAUAGCUGCAUCUGAAUCAAUGAAGUAAUGUGUGAUUACUUUUUUUUGGCCUCAGCACAGCAUACGAGCUUACUGAGCAUGCUGAACUGUGACUUACUACUCCAAACAAGUUCAACGUUUCUAUACAGAGGUCCAAUUAAAGGUGGUUUGGAGCUCAGAACUUUUUGCCUAGGGCUGGACAAAAGUGUCAGAGAAUAGUUAACUCGCACCGCACACACACACACAUACUAUCUAGACAUGACCGAAUCCAACAGAAACUCACAAACAUGCAAGUACUGUAUAGGAAAUCAGGAUUGGGCAUGGUUGUCUACUUUCUCUUCAAUGUUACUUUCACCACUUGUCAAAAACACAUUGUCCACAGCUAAUGCUCUGUGUAUGGAAACAGCCAUGGGGGCACACUCUUGGGGCAGUGCAUUAACUCUUGUGAAGUUUAUUAAGAUCAUCCAGAGACUUACUGUAUGUGUCCACUAUAAGAGUGCCUUCCAUCAUCACACUGUGCUUCUGCAACACAGUUUCACUCACAAGAAUCAGACUCUGUUAGAUUCAGUGAAUACAGGGUUAUGGAGUCCCAUUUAUAGAUAUUGUUGUGUUUGAAGCAUUCCAUCCCAUUUGGUGGUCUAAGGAAGCUGUUGUAUGUUUAGUAACUGCAAGCAGACAAAUUACAUUUUAUGUAUGAAAUAUUUAUAUUCAAUGAGUACAGAUUUGAAGACUAGUCCUUUGGACAAGAACUAAAAGACUACUUCUGCAUAUACUAAUCUGAGUGUUGUAUAGGUUGUUGUGAAUGUUGUGUGUGCUCCAUAAAUACCCAGUGUUGAAAUCUGAGAAUAGAAACGUAUACAGUUCCAUGAAUGGCCUAAAGGUUCUUCCGGGCACUAGAACACACAGUUUCUCUGCCAUGUUUGUACCCAUGACCUGGUACCAAACAGUGAUCUCAAAAAAGAAAAACAGAAACUGUGAAAAUGAAAAGGGAAAGUGUGGCCUCUUCACAAACACUUAAGGGCUUUUUUAAUUUCAUCUCUGAUUAGUGUCAGUGGUCUCUCUACUGAUAAUCCUGCUCUCCUUUGCCAAACAACAAGUGUAUUAGGCAUUUUCAGAGCUCUCGAUAUAAAGCUAUCACUCACCGAAUGUAAGCCAUCACCAUGACUGUCACCUGCAGAAUGUUUUCAAAUCAAUUUUUUUUCUCGGAUUAGAAAUUGAUUAUUGGUGAAGUUCAGAGAAAAUGUGUUUGAGUAUUAUGACACAUUUUGAGGGAAAGAUGACUAUAGCUUGAUGGUAUCUUAGAAUAAUACACACUGUCCUUAACAAAU